AUGUUACUUCUCUCUGAGCCAGAGGUCUAUCGGGUCCUCAGUGAUCUCUCUCGCCAUCAAUGCCAGCGUCUGGUCGACACCUUGACCACUACCUUGAUCCAAUACUCUACUGAGAAGAACAACACAACAGCCGACAAACACAUUCACCAGCCAUUGCGAACUCCGAUUGUUACAAAGAACAACGACGCAACCUUGUUCAUGCCAUGCUCCGAUACCACCAACACCGGCAUCAAAGUCAUCACACUACCAUCCAAGCAAGACGCAGUUGGCGUAACGCUGGUGCUUGCCCCCACGGGGGAGGUGAUUGGUAUGCUUGGUGCCUCGCAGGUAACCGCAUUCCGCACGGCAUUAACAACAAUGUGUAUGUUCACCCGCGUUACCCACAUCCCCAAGAAACAUAUUGUAGUUUUCGGUUCGGGGAAACAGGUAGAGUGGCAUAUCAGACUCGCUUUACUUUUUACUGCAGAGGAAAUUGAAAGUGUCACUAUUGUUAACCGAGGCCGUCAACGGCUCAACUGGUUCGAGAAGGACGAGGACACGCCCGACUAUGAUCAAGCGCUUCAAAUCCAUUUCGCCUCAGCCGACGUUAUCUUUUGUUGCACGCCUUCGACUGAACCGUUAUUCCCGUUUUCGUUUCUCACAAUGUGUCAUGAGGGGCGAUUUAUUUCACUGAUCGGAUCCUAUACACCUCAUAUGAAAGAGAUUGAUACCCACACUUUAUUAUCAGGGAAUGGCCAAAUCUUCGUGGACUCUAGAGAGGCAUGUCUCGAGGAAUCGGGAGAACUGCGAGACGCCAAAAUCACAGAGGAGCAACUGAUAGAGAUAGGCGAACACCUAGUGCAAGAAGCUUCACGUAUCCCCGAAGGCAAUAUUGUAUUCAAAUGCGUCGGGACGGGUAUAAUGGAUCUUACCAUUAGUCGCACCUUGCUUCAACUGGCGUCUGACCUGGGCAUUGGAACAUCUGUUGAAAGUCUAUUUCUGACCAGGGAGUGUGUGAAAAAGGUGUUCAAGCUCAUUAAAAACUAUCAUUUGGCUCACCGUCGUCGGCAUUCGGUCCCGGAAGAAAGGGAACACUGUUAUGUGGGUGGCACAGCAAUCGACUAA